GAACCGAGUGCAGAACAGAACUGCUUUGAGAUAUAUUUACUGUGGUUCGAAGUGAGUCUGCAUUACAACUUUCUUUCGUUCAGAUGGUGAUAGUUACCAAUGGAUAAAAAACAAGAGAAGGAAAUUCUGCAGGAUUUUGAUGGACAUACGCGAGACUAAAGCCAUCAUUCGAAAGCGCUAAAAAAAAAAUUACAAGGAUGGAAAGUUUGCAGAAUGUACGGCAACGCUGUCAGUCGAUGGUGUCGCUUCUUCCAACAAACUCAACUCAAGGACGCAAUAUUAGACACGAAAUCCGUCAAAGGCUAACAGAACAGCUGAAAUGCCUGGACACAAGGCACGAGUCGCAACUAGGUCUCAUCGCAGAUGUACAGGAAUAUUUCAAGAGACGGUCAGAGAUUGAAUUUGACUAUGCCCGACAAUUGGAACGUCUGUACGACCGGUUCACGGGCAAGCAGAAACCAAGUCACACGAAAGAUAUGCAGGGACCAUCGCCACAGGCGUGUUGGAACACUGUUCUUCAGUUGACAAGAUCCCAGUAUCGUCAGCAUACAAUCUUAAGUCAAGUGUAUGGAGGCACCAUUGUAAACAGCUUCACAACUUCCCAUGAGGAACUGCAGAAAAUUUUCAAGAAGAGUAAAGAGCUGACAAUGGGAGUUCAUGAUGAGCUUAUGAAAGUUAUGUCACAACUACAGAAGGAUAUCAAGACGUACCAUACAUGGCACGCAGAAAGCAAAGCAGCUGAAAGCAGGCUAAGAAAAACAGAGGCUGAAAAGCAGCGACAAGAAGAAAAAAGGGCGUCGGCAAGAAAUAAAGCACUUGAAAAACAACGUGAAAAACAUUUCCAACGUUUCCAGGAGAGGGCGAUUGAAUCGACGAAAGCAAGAAACGACUACAUCCUGUCGAUAGAGGCCUCAAAUGCUGCCCUUCGCAAAUAUUUUGAGAAUGAUGUCACUGAAUUAAUAGAUUGUUUGGACCUUGGUUACAUCCGCUCAACGCGCAGAACCUUCCGAGCGUUUCUAACGGCCGAGAUGCAAAUGAAGGAGAUGAGAGAGGAUGGAAUCACCAAGAUGACAGAUUGCGUUAACAGCCUCAAUGCUCUGAACGAUAAGCAGCUAUUCAUGGAAAGCAAUAGUUCAGCUUUCGUGCCUCCGCAAACAUUCCAUUUUCAGCCUCAUGGUGGGGACGAGAUGCAUGAAGUUAGUGCUCAAGAUCCUCUUCAUAAAGAUUUAUGUGAACGCUUCCAUCGUCAAGAGGGACGCUUAAAAGAAGUAAGAGCAGAAAGUGAAGAAAUUCUAAAGACACUGAAUGAACUGAAGAAGAAUUGGGAAGGAGAUGAUAAUCGUUCCCGAUUCAAAGAUGAAGAAGUUCGUACGGCAUUCAAGACGGCCCAAGACAUGGAAAUACCAAUUGAAUUCAAGAGAACACCGUCUAUGCGCCGACCGCCAAAGCCGACAGAUACAGAAAACUACUUUUUAGAUAAAUAUAAAGAAUAUCUAAAGAAUACAAACAUAGAGACAAGAUUACAAGCUCGAUAUGAUUUGAUAAGCAAAGCGUUGGGUCAUGAUACAGGUGGAGGAAGCAUUUCCUUAUGCGUCCCGCCAAAACCACGCAAACCUCGCCCAAUGUCUCGGUGUGGCGCACCUUUAUUCGGUGGCGACCUUAGAAAAUACAUAGCUGCAAGUGGUCAAGACAUACCUGUUGUAGUCUUAAGCUGUAUUGAUCAUAUUCGUGACUUUGGUUUGCAUCAUCAAGGAAUUUUCCGUGUAGGUGGGUCACAGUCAGAAAUUAAUGAUAUUAAAUCAGCAUUUGAAAAAGGUGAGGAUCCAUUACCAGAGCGAGGGGAAUCAGCUGACAUCAAUUCAGUUGCCAGUGUACUUAAGUUGUACUUCAGAGAACUUCCGGAACCACUCUUCCCAACAUUUAUGUUCAAACAGUUUAUGGAAUGCAUGGACUCGGGUGCAACAGCGCCCUCGGAGCGGAUAUCAAUGGUUAAGAAUCUUAUUGAACAGCUUCCUGAUGACAUCAUGAUUGUGAUGCGUUAUUUGUUGGCUUUCCUAAAGCAUUUGUCUCAGUACAGUGAUGAAAACAUGAUGGACUCGCAUAAUUUAGCAAUAUGUUUUGGUCCAACACUGAUGCCAACCCCACCCAACGUAGACACCCUUUGUUACCAAGGACCUAUCAAUGAACUCAUUGGGACGAUCAUUCGUUACCAGGAAAAUAUUUUCCCUCGUGAGUCGGGCCGUAUAUACGAAGAACAUGGCCUCAAUGAUGCUGACAUAAGUCCAUCUCCUAGUCUAGAUACCAUUACUGAUCUAGGUAGUGAAUUUGGAGAUGAAGUCAACAGUGUACGGCAUUUUGACGUACACAACAAUUUGAAUGACCACUACCAACAGCUAAAUCAAGCAGAUCCGUGCCCCAUCGUAAACCAGCACCAGAACGCCGAAGCGGACAGCAGCACAGGUCAUGUGGGCCACCAAGGUCCGGACAUAUCACCUUGGUUGCCCAGACGACCGUCAGGCCCACUAAGGACUUUAAGUGACCCAUCAAACCCACUGGAUGUAGUAAUAGAAGAACCAAAGACAGCAGAAAAUAAACCGAAUGACCUGCAGGAGAACUCCUACAAGCACAUGGUCCAAGAGAUCGAUGAUAAAAUGGCGAACAAUCUUGCAGAAUUAGACGAAAUUCCAGAAAUCCCACCACCCACUCAUACUCCGGACAUAGUACGAGAUGCGAUAAAAGCUCCCGUUAAAGUAGUCAGCCCACCUACAACCACAACAUUACCAAAGCCAGCAAUCAGGCCCAAGCCUGUUAGACCAUUACCUAACCAGUCGUCUUCGCUCAGUCGACAGAGGCCUAGCCCCACUGGAGGGCCAAACAAGUCUAUGACAUUGUAAGGGAAAAUUACUAGAAAAAGUGGAUUCCAAGCUUUGAAUUUCCUAACCGUAUAGUUAUUAUAAUACUACUAAAAUGUGAACUCCAAUGCAAUUGAUGUCCAAUCCGUAAGCUUUACCAAGUAAUUGUACAUGCAAAAUGGUGGUUCACAAUGCACAACCAUGAAGUCCUAAUUAGAAUAUUUAAGUGUGCAUUUGAAAUUUUGACUUAUAAAUUUCAGUUUUUGCAUGCACAUAAUAUCCUUUUGAAACAAAAACUAGGAUAAAUUUUAAAAUUCUACUGUGACUUAAUACUGCUUCACCCAGUCGACCAUUUUGGAGCAUGUUGGCAUUCUCAUAUUCCUAUAAUAACUAUAUUCCUUAUACAGUACUAUCAGUAGUAUUGAUAUCCUGGUUUCUUAUUCUGCAACUAUUGUUGUUGUUGUUAGCUCAAGUUCAACAGGUUUUUAUUGAUUAAAUUCGCUUGGAAAUGAGCGAUUACACUGCCUUGGCCGAUGGUCAGCUGACAGUCAACUGUGUGCGAGUGGUCGGCGACGAGGUACUGUCUGCUGAUCAUCGGUGGCAGACUGAGCUGGAAAAACCUUCUACAUGCCCCUUGUCAUGUUGUGGUAUCUUUUAAAUUACGUCUCGACUAUGAAAUGUGUGCUCUGUUUAAGACAUAAUAUAAAGCAUCCUUGCUGCGAUUCUAUUGUGAAUUUUAAGCAGUACAUUUUCAACCGAAAGAGUUGAGGAUGUAAAUCAAUUCCUAAGAAAGCAAAUGUUGUGGAAAAAAAGGGUUGCCGUUAAAAAGCAGUGCAAAUUAAAUUGUCUUUCAAGUAACUGCAUUCAUCCGAUAUUAAUGUCGUUUUUUUUUUAACAUUAAAAUUUGUAAUUUUUUUUUACGAAUUUUACCAAAAUCUUAUUUUUGCUGUAAUUGCAAUCAACAGCAAGUUAAUAUUCAUAAUUAUGCCAUUUGAAAUUAGGUAUUUUCGUGUAUAACAAAAACCAUCUUUAUUUUAAUGUAAUCACAACAAUGUUGCCAGGAUAUUUUCUAUUUCAUAUUAAAUGUGAAUAAUUUACAGAAGUUAUAGAUUUAUUACAAUGCUACAGCAUUAUAUUUAAAUUAAGAAUUUAAAAUAUGCAAAUAUGAGGUAAUAUGAUUGGCCCAGAUGUUAAUUUACGUAUUAUCUACUUGGAAAGCAUUUAGGAACCAAAUAUAGAACAAUUUCCCCAAUGCAAUGUCACAGACUUGUUUAAAAAAAUAUAAAAAUGCACAAAAAAAAAAAAAAAAUAUAAAAUAAAAAAAAAAAAAAAAAAAAAAAAUGCAGACUUUAGAGGGCAAUGCUGCAUGUACAUAAAAAGUGAAACUAAAAUGCAAAUGACUAAUUCUUAUUAUCAAUAUUUUAGUCCAAAAAAAAAUCAACAAAUUUUAGACCAAAAAUGUGCUUCUAUUUUGCUUGUUUGUUGCUGUGUGAUUGAAAAUGCAUUAAUAAUUUUAGAUUACUGUGGAUAUUGUUUUGUUUUGAAAAAAAAAUCUCUUUACUUUUAAAAUGGAAGACCAUUUGUUAUUCAUAGAUUUUAUAUUAUUAUAAUAAUGGUUCAUACCAUUAUCAACCACCUUUUUGGAAGCCUGAUUUUUAAUGAAAACCAGAAAAAGUAACUUGAACCCUAUGCAUAUUUUUGUAAGCCAAGCCAGUAACCUAGACAAAAACAUACAAGACUUUUGCUGGCCGAAAGCUUUUGGGUAAAAGAUGCAUGAUUUUUAACUCAUACCAAGGAAUUUAAGCUCAUUGUACAACAGCUAAUAGGUUAAUAUUUUUUAAAGUUUGUUUUUAUUAUUUCCAUUGUAAAUAGUUGAUGGCGACUACCAUCUUAACCUUUGACCUCUUAAAUGUGCAUUAUUUACACAGAGCAUGAAGCAAGAACAUUUUGUGUUUUUGGGGGAAAAAAAGUCAUUUAUUUGGCAUUUGUAUAUUUCGUGUAUUUAGCGAUAUAUAGUCAUUCUUGAAUGUAUUCACAGAACCUAAUUUCGCGGAAAUAUAGGUUCCAAGAAUUCAUGAGAAAAUUGUAACUUUUACAGAUCAACGUUAGUAUUUUUUCUAAUAUUCUUAAUUAGCACGAUAUUGUAUACUUUUUGUUCUGUAAAAAAUUUAUCCUUAUGUUUUUAAUUUGUAAAUUUCUUAGUUUUUUUCUAUAUAUAAAUUUUUGAAGUUGUUUAAUUUAUGUGUAUAUGGUACUUUGAUCCUCAGAAGACUGUCAGAUAUUAAUAGAUAUUAUUAAUCAUUGUAAUUAAUUCUAUUCUUUUAUAAACCUGCCUUGAUAUAUUAUUAACUGCAGGUUGUUAAACUUCAUCCACACUGUCAACGUUUAUGUGACAAAAAUAUAUGCCCAUAUGUGGGUGUAAUAUGACAUCAUCAUACCCAUAUAUGGGCACAUCACACAAAUCUGUCACAUCAGAUUUUAUUGUGUGGGCUGAAUUUAUUUUUUAACAAUGGUGUUGUCAUAAUCCAGCAUCCCUUCCUUUAGUCUAAUGAUAACAUAUAAAGAAAAUUUAUAAUGAUACAGAUCUUGCUUUCUCCACCUAUAGUCUACCAGUUGAUAUGUGAGGUGUACCUUUUUUUUUUGUCUAUAUUUAUAUUUUAUUAUUAUUACAUCAGUAAACAAGGGAGGAAAUAUAAAUUGCUACUUAAUACCAUGUCAUUUCGUAUUCUCCAUUAAACUCUCCAUGUUCAAAUACUAGUACACUAUAUAACGAGCUGAACAAGUUCAGAAUAACACAGACAGGAAGCACUGUGGUUUACUGCUGACUAUAUUGUAAAGCACAUGGGUUUUAUUAUUGCAUUAUGCACUAUACAAUAGUGAGGAAUUAUUGUUUACACAAAUGAACUGGAAGAGAAUUGACAUGAUUGAGGUGCUCAGUAUUUUUAUUUAUUUUUUUUUUAUAUUUGGACUAUUUUUAUUCGGUGGAUUAUUUCUCUACAUUGUGUAGGUGCUAAGUUCUAAGUAUGAAACUUUGUACUAGCAUGUAGGUAUUAUGGUUCUUUAGGGACAGAUCUUGAAUGGCUGAUGUGCCUGUGAUCUUCACUAGCUAAAGAAUUUCUUAAGCCUUGUCUACACUAUCAACUUUUAUGUGACAAAAAAAGUUUUGGUUGUAAUAUCAUCAUACCCAUAUAUGGGCACAACACACAAAUAUGUCACAUAAAAUGUAAUACUGUAAACUGACCUUAAUGAAACUUAAAGAAAUUAUUACUAUAGGCCUAAUUAGAUGGUAACAUAAGGUACAUUAUACUAAUUAUAAUUUUAUAAUAAUUACACUAAUUAUAAUUAGUAUAGUUAAUUAUAUUAUAAUUUGUAUUAGCAAUUCUAAAUUACCACAGGAGAAAUUUAUUUUGUAGAAUUAAUAGAAUUAUGAAUACUCCACAAAUCUUCCAAUGAAUUGAACCCUACUAUUACCUUCCAUAAUUUUCUUUAAUAAUAUUUAAUAUAAAUAACGAAUUACAGGAUGACUUUAAGUUAUACUUGCAAUCUAUUAGAAAUUGUAUUAGGUAUAAAAACCCAAAAUUUGUAUAUGUUUUUAAAAAUAUGUUUUCCCCUCAUAUGUCUUCCUCAGGUUACCAAAACUCACCUAAGAUGAAUUUUAAAAAUUAAUAUGUAAUAUCGCAACCCAAAGGUUAUAAUUUUGUAAAUUUUAUUGUAUGAAGAUUCUUAAAAUUUAUAUUGAUGAUUUAAUUAAGAUGCAGCUUAUCAGAUAGAUUUGCUCAAUGGUAUCGAAUCACAUGCUACAGAAAUGUAUUGAAUAUAAAAUGUACUAAUUAUUAAAUGUUAACAAAUUGUACCAUGGAUAUUUUCCCUAUCAAGGAUUUGUUGCGAGAAUGCAUAUCAAUUAGCCAAUUCAUAGUUAAAAUUGCGCAUGCUCAUAUCCAUGGUCGAUCAAGGUCAAUUGACAAACCUAUGUUAGUGUGUACGGCGUUUGUCGAUUGUCCUUGAUAUGCUAACAACAAAUGGGCUUAUACCAGUGAGAUUUCUCUACGUCUUGGUCUCGGUAAUGUGGUGCAGCAGAUCUUUCAUUUUGGCACCGUGCAUAUCUUCAGUCUGCUUUUAAAUAGACCUUUUCGGAGUGUCACUCAAACUUAACAACUGACCAAUCAGAAAAGGCCCAGGAAUAUGCGCGUGUCCAACAAGCGCACAUGUUCGUGUAUGUGUUUACACUGUCAUUUUGUGGGACUUUAGCAACAAUAUCCAAUGGUCUUGGCUUAGUGGAAGGUCCAUUGUACAGACUUUUAGCAAGGUUAUAUUUAGUCGUGUGAAAGCAACACAACAUUAUAUGGAAAUAUGGAAGAAAUAUCUCCGUUAAUACUUAGUACAUUUUUAUGUUGAGUGAAUCAUAUGUAGUCUGUUCGCUGGAAUCUCAUUUUGUGUGGAUGUUUUGUACCAUUUCUUUUAAAUCAAAGCUAUUUCCUUUCUUAUUACUGAGUUAAAAAUGAUUAGUAUUAUCGAGAUUACCUAUCAUUAUCGAUAGAUAAUUAAUAUUAUUACUUUAUUUAUCAUUAUUAUUGGUAGCUUGACUAAAGCGCAGACAAUUAUGUUUGCACUGUUGUCUCUUGUUGCCAUGGUGAUGGGUAGGAUCAAGAGAUAGAGUUUUGUACUGUUAUACAAUAAAGGGCUUAACUCCUUAAAUGAUAA